UGUUUCAUACAGCAUAGAACCCGCAGCAAGCUCGUUUGAUACAAGCGUGCCUAUCCGAGCCGUGCCCACCUGCUCUUGACGCCGACCCGCCUCUUUGGCCCGAUUCCGCUCGCCUUGAAGUACCAUCUAGCAAUCGGGGCCUUCCCUCGCAGAAGGAACCGGAGCAUGUCCUGCUCAUAGUCAGCGAAAUCCUUUAAUACCAAGAGACAACAUGGACGAUCCCCCGGGCACGAUUCCGCAAGCGACGCCCCACCCACGCCGGCCUCCCGCACACCAGUCUGUCUCCCUUCGCCAUAGCCCGCCUGCGAGCGGCGUCCCUCCUAAAGCGCCUACUUUCUACAACCCCCAGGCCACGGCCGUGAGCUCUCCCAAUGUGGGCGCAAGCGAUAAGGCGAACCCGCCGUCGAGCGUCUCUCCCCAGGUCAAGUCCAACAAGAACAGCUCUGGAGAGAGCAGCGACGCCGGAAAGUGGUUCGAGAACACCAACAAUGCGGUGCAGAGUAACAACAACCUCGACAAUGAUCCGCCGUUCUUCUUGCGCAACUCGUCCCCGUCCGAAACCCCUCCCGAUGGUCAAGCGUUCGACCACUUGUACCAGCACACGACUGCCGCUAUGCCGUAUCGUCCCGGGAUAGGGAACAUGAACAAUGAAAGUGUUGAAGACUUUCGGAGUGUUAUCGAUGACCUGACUGUUGCAAAUAAGAGACUGAAGCAGAAGCUGAGGAAGUACGAAAAGCUGCAUGAUUCACACUUACAGGACGAGAAGCUCUUCGAGGUGCGCUUCCAUGGCCUUCCUGAUCACAAGAAGCGAGAGCUCGAGGAAACUCUGCGUAAGUUUGCCGCCGACAUGGACAGCAAGUCGGAGCAGGACUACCCCGCUGUCUCUACGCACCCAGCGAUGUUCGAGAACCAGAAGACCGCUUCUUCGCGCGCGUCCCGUUUCACCGAGUCUGGCUACGCGUCCAUGUCCGGACACAAUUCGAAUUCGGCUCGAUCAAAUCAACCCUCAAACACCGCAUCCAAUACAGACUGGGACCAACGCCGCUUGACGAAAAUGAACUACAACCAGCAGCAACAGACAAUACAAUCGUACUUGCAUGAUAUUCCCCGUGGAUUGCUGCCAAAGAGCCACCACGCGCCCAUGAGCGACAAGUCAAAGAAGAAAUUGGUGGUGCGUCGCUUGGAGCAGAUUUUUGCGGGGAAGCGAUCGGCACCUGGCAACCAUCCACAACCGAUGCAGCAAGAGGAAGUCGCCCAAUCAGCUGCCACGGCCGAUCGCCGUGCCAAUGAAGCAGCAGGACAGCGUUCCAAAACAGAGGGUCACCGUGAAGCUCGCAUUAUGCCUGUACGGGCGGAUGACGAAGACAUCUCUGGACAUCAAGAAGCUCUGCAGAAAUCACGCCUGAACCUCCAAAUUAACGAACAAGAUUUCGCCGGCUCCGGAUCCCCUGACCAGCGGCCCACCAGGCCGCUCGACCUCGAUAUCUACCGUGCACAGGUUCCCUCCGACAACAUGGACUACAUUCGACACCUUGGCUUUACUCCACCGAACAUGAUGUCUGAGGGUUCGCCAGAAGAUGAUCACGGGUGGAUAUAUCUCAAUCUUUUGAUCAACAUGGCGCAGCUCCACACACUGAACGUUACUCCUGAUUUCGUCAAAGAUGCUGUCUCCGAAUACAGCUCUUUGUUCGAGCUCUCCCACGACGGUCGCAAAAUCCGAUGGAGAGGCGGUACAGAUGUCACUUUAAGCAGUACUGGGUCCAGUUCAGAGUACCAAGGCAAUUCUCCACCCGACGGGUAUGGCAACAGUAAAUCACCUCACAGGUUCGCCAAAACGGGUGGAAGUGGCAGUUCGGACCUCUCAAUGAAUCCCGAGCGUGUCGCGCAACGACUCGCUCGCAAGCAAAAGGAGAAGGAACGAAACCAAUUUUCCUAUACACCUUUAUUCUUCCACAAGGAUGACUCCGAUGAUGAAGAAGACUCGUAUGGGCUCGACAUGAAUUCUUCAAGCAACUCCCCAUAUCAGGUCCAGCAAGCCGGCGACUCUUCCGGUCUCGGCAGCUCGGCUAAGCAAAGCUCUGCAUCCAAGAGACGUCGAAAUGAUGGACCCAUCAUCUUCUACAGCAAAGCAAAGUUCUGUACCGAUCUUACCGGAGAUAGUCGUGGCAUUGCGAGUCACACCUCAGAUUCUUAUCAGAACAUCACGAGUCAUCCUAUUGGAGUCCCCACCUCUCACCCAGGACGGCUCAUACAGUCUUCCAGUGUCAUGGAACGCCGCGGCCCGCUAGAGACCACCAUGAUGGACAUCGAUUCUAAGGAUGGCAGCCAAACUGCAUCAAGUAGCGAAGAAUUCAGUUUCUCGCCGGACGCACUGAAUGAUGACAAUGGCACGGAAAGUCCCGACGUAAUGGAUUUCGAAGCAUCCGGCUUGGGUGGAGUGCACCCAGAGGACAAUUUCUCUAUCCGCGUGCGUCGCUCGCAACAGCAGGCUGCCCCAACCAGUGUGGUAGCUGCUCGCCACAGGUCGUCGCUAUACCCGAAGAAGAUCCUGGACGUUCUGAACGAGAGUCCAACUCAGGAAGACAAUCCAACUUCGCCGAAGCAACAACAGAGUGUCAUCAAGGAAGAGAUAAUUUCUGCAUCUCGUAGAACCUUGCCAAAUUCGGCACUCCCCCCGGCUUCUUUCCUCCCUUUCGACUCGACUUCAUCUGGGGACGUGGACUCAGACCUUGAGUCCAAUGUGUCAUCCAGCCUUUCGAGUACGAGCUCCUCAGAGAAUGUUCCGGCCACCGCGCUCCAUCUCCUCAAUGUUUCAUCCGUACAGAGAGACUUUUCGGACGCGUCUGGGGACUCGUCUUCUGAAGGGGACGAUGAAGACGACUCUGAUGAUGGUUCGAUCGACCUUCUUGCGACUGCCCGCCGAAUGGACCCACACACUGUUAUCGCUUCUGAGCGCGAAUACGAUGCGGCACUCGCCGAUCGUCUCGUGGAAGAGAUCCCUGCAGGAAGCUCCGCCGCCACGGCGGGCGGUGGCAGCGGCUUCAACACCCCGGCGAACGCCCUCGAGGCCCUUACCGAGCAAGGCGAGCCAACCGGCCGCACAAGCAGACAGAAGCGGCAGAGCACCACCAGCGGCAGCCUCUCCUCGCAAGCGCGCGCCAAGCUGAAGCGUAACCGCACGCGCGAGUCCAUCGCUACUGCGCUCCAAGAAACCUCGAAGAGAGCUAAGACCCAGAAGCGCGAGUGAGACGCUUAACCGUACACAACAUAUUACACCAUAUUAUUUUUUCCAUACAGCACACAGGCGCUUGUCGCCAUGCAUGAUACAUACCGGAGGCAUUUUACGACGAUACCCAUGAUGGAACAUACGGCAUGUACAUGGCAUGGAGGGCGCGCUUUGGCAUUUGCAUUACCAGGGACAGGCGCGAUUUAUGAUUUCUUCCCACGAGCUAUACCCCCUUUUCUUUUGAAGCGGCGACUCUGGUGCAUGUGCAA